AUGCGCCACUUCGACGCCUGGGUCGUCCGCGACCCCUACUCCAUCUGGCACUACUACUCCACCGGCCGUCGCUGGCAAGAUACCGUCCGCGACCUCAUUCACGAGCGCGCCAUCUGCUCGCCCCUGCAGUUGCCGGACGCCAAAUCCGCCACAGCCCUGCCCAAGGGCACCCGCAAUGCCCCUCCUCCUACACCUCCAGAUACGAAGAAGGCUGCUGUCGGCGAAAUCGACCUCACAACAAUCCAUUCACAACAAAGCCUUCUCCUCUCCCUUCCGCCCGAAAUUCGCCAAAUAAUCUGGUCCUACGUCUUCGGUGCCUCAACCCUGCACCUCGUCCAAUUCAAGAAUAAAAUCCGCCACAUCCGCUGUGAUUCUGACAACCCCUCCCUCACCCACCACCGCCACUGCUGCCCCCUCACGCCUGCCCGUUGGCGUAUCUACGACGGCCGUCUCCCGGGACACAGCGAUAGUCUGCUGUAUCCACACACGCACGAACACCUACCGGACAAUAUAAGCGAUGCGAGCACCGCCCUGCUUAGGACUUGCAAGGCCGUCUACGCCGAGGCGGCGGAUACACUCUACCACGCCUCAACAUUCGACGUCGACGACCUAUACACAUUCAUCGCAUUCGCACAGAGCCUCUCCCCGCACGCCCUCCGUUCCCUCCGUAAAUUAACGGUACAGUGGAGUCCCGUCUGGACGCCGCUCGCGGGGCAAGAUCACAAAGGAUCGAUAUACGCACAUACGCACAGCGACGCGCUCUGGACGCGGUUCUGGGCGACGGUUGCCUCCUUGCCUUCACUUGAAGAGUUGAAGCUCUCGAUUGAUCUGGGUCGGUUCACGGGGACGAUUACCGGUGGCGGGGCGGUCGUCGUUUCGGGGCAGAGACUUCCGCUGCUUCUUUCGGAGCCCUGGGUUCUGCCCCUGCUGAAUGUUAGGGGCUUGAGGGAGUUUGAGAUGGCUGUUACGGCGCGCUGUGAUCUUGUUGCGAAGGGGGUUGUGGAGCCUGAGCUUGUGCGUAAUGCGGGCGUGCUGAGGGAUCAGCUUAGGGCUGUUAUGACUACCCAUGAGAGGACUCCGCUGGGCGAGAUUGAGGGGCUGGGCGUGGAGGGCGUUAGGAGUUUACUGAGCGGGUUGAGGGAGUUGCUUGGGGAGAGGAGGGUGAAGAGGGGGGUUAGGUUGGCGAUUACGGCGGAGUAG